AUGACCUUCCUGAACGACCAUCCUAGUCCAGAGGUUGAUAAAAGAGAGGAAGAGGAGGAGGAAGAUGGCAUGGGGCCUUGUCCGCCGGUCACCCCGAAGAACUGCCUUGCUCCCCGGGGCAUCAGCGUCCUGGAGAAACUCGUCAAAACGUGCCCGGUGUGGCUGCAGCUGGGCCUGGGCCGGGCCGAGGCGGCCAGGAUCCUGCACCGGGAGGCGGCCGGGACAUUCCUGGUGCGCAGGGACAGCUGCUCGAAGCGCCUGGUGCUCUGUGUCCACUUCCCUUCCCUGAACGCGGGCUCGUCCGAGGUGCUCGAGUACACCGUCAAAGAAGAAAAAUCGAUAUUGUACCUGGAAGGCUCGGUUCUUGUGUUUGAGGACAUCUUCAGACUGAUCGCGUUCUACUGUGUCAGUAGAUUUACUGCCUUCACGCUGAGGCUGCCGCAGGCCACUCUUGAGGCCAGCAGCUUCACAGACCUCAAGACCAUCGCCAACCUGGGCCUGGGCUUCUGGGACUCCUCGCUGAACCCCCGGCGAGCAGCUGGCAGCCCAGCAGAACCCCCAAGAGACCCAGCCCCCAGGGCGCCCCCAGCCUCCAGCCUCAGGUCCGCCUCCCAUCAGGAAAACUGCGCGUGUGAAAUUGAGCUCUCGGUAGGAAAUGACCGCCUGUGGUUUGUGAAUCCGAUCUUCAUCGAGGACUGUGGCAGCGCCCUGCCUGCUGACCUGUCACCCCUGAGAAGCUGCCCCUCUGGCCCGUUGCCUCCCACCUCUGACGCUACCUCACCCGCCUCCCGGUGGGCCCCUCGCCGCCCGGCGCCCCCGCCCCCAGCACCUCCUCUCCACCCCCUCAGUCCUGCCCGGCCUCGUCCACCCCCGGCCCCAGCUCCGGCCUGUCCUUUGCCCAGUUCUCCCUCACCUCCAGACGCCCUUCCUCCUGCAUCCCCAGCAUCUGUCCCCCACCUGGCACCCCAUGCCCUAGGCCCCCCGGACCAUCCAAGCCAGCGACCCAUGACAGCCUGUGAGAGGCCCCCAUGCACCCCCACAGGCCUGGGCCCCCUCAGGGAGGAAGAGAUGAAGCCAGGGGCGGCCCCCAGCCCCUUGCAGCAGGCCCCCGCCCCGCCAGGCCCAGGGAAGAAGGGCGCCCCUGCUGCUCCUCCCCGACGCCGCCUCUCUGAGAAGCUCUCCCUGGAGGACCCGAUUGUGGAGAAGAUGGACAGGGGCACAACCGCACAGUGGGACCAGCCGGGUCUUUCCCGGACACCCCCACUCGGCCUGCCUCCCCAGGGGACCUCAGACAGCCCUGGGGACAGGCCUCAGAGGACCACAGAGCAAGGACAGGAAGUAGUGGCCCAAGCCAGCCAGCUGGGCAUCCUGCCAGAGUCGGCAAGGAAGAUCCGGCAACCCCCAGUCCCUCCUCCUAGGAAGAAGCGGAUUUCCCGGCAACUGGCCUCCGUCCUCCCGAGCCCCUUGGAGAGCGCUGAGCUCUCCAUGGAGGGGGCAGCCCCUGAGAAACCCACCCCUGGCCCACACGAAGAAGCCCCGCGCCCUGCCUCCCAAGCUGGGACCCCGAGCCCAGAAGCCCAGGCCAGCGCCUGGCGCCAGAGCGCCCCAGAGUUCAAAGGCUCCCUGGCCUCCCUCUCAGACAGUACGGGGGUCCACACCCCGGCCACCGAUCAAGACUCAUACUCGACCAGCAGCACGGAGGAGGAGCUGGAGCAGUUCAGCAGCCCCAACGUGAAGAAGAAGCCGUCCAUGAUCCUGGGCAAGGCGCGGCACCGCCUGAGCCUCGCGAGCUUCACCAGCGUCUUCCAGGCCUUCCUCUCCAAUGACCGCAAGCUGUACAAGAAGGUGGUGGAGCUGGCCCAGGACAAGGCCUCGUACUUUGGCAACCUGGUGCAGGACUACAAAGUGUACAGCCUGGAGAUGAUGGCGCGCCAGGCCUCCAGCACCGAGAUGCUGCAGGAAAUCCGCACCAUGAUGACCCAGCUCAAGAGCUACCUGCUGCAGAGCACCGAGCUCAAGGCGCUGGGGGACCACACGCAGUACUCCGAGGAGGAGCUGGAAGCGAUUGUGGAGUCCGCCCUGUACAAGUGUGUGCUGAAGCCCCUGAAAGAAGCCAUCAACUCGUGCCUUCAUGAGAUCCACAGCAAGGACGGCUCCCUGCAGCAGCUCAAGGAGAACCAGCUGGUGAUCCUGGCCACCACCACCACCGACCUGGGCGUGACCACCAGCGUGCCCGAGGUGCCCAUCAUGGAGAAGAUCCUGCAGAAGUUCAGCAGCAUGCACAAGGCCUACUCGCCCGAGAAGAAGAUCUCCAUCCUGCUCAAGACCUGCAAGCUCAUCUACGACUCCAUGGCCCUCGGCAACCCAGGGAAGCCCUACGGGGCAGACGACUUCCUGCCCGUGCUCAUGUACGUGCUGGCCCGCAGCAACCUCACGGAGAUGCUUCUCAACGUGGAGUACAUGAUGGAGCUCAUGGACCCCGCCCUGCAGCUGGGGGAGGGUUCCUACUAUCUGACCACCACCUACGGGGCCCUGGAGCACAUCAAGAACUACGACAAGAUCACGGUGACCAGGCAGCUGAGCGUGGAGGUGCAGGACUCCAUCCACCGCUGGGAGCGCCGGCGCACGCUCAACAAGGCCCGCGCCUCCCGCUCCUCCGUGCAGGACUUCAUCUGCGUGUCGUACCUGGAGCCGGAGCAGCAGUCGCGGACGCUGGCGUCGCGGGCGGACACGCUGGGCACGGCGCUGUGCGCUCAGUGCGCGGAGAAGUUCGAGGUGCUGCAGCCGCAGGACCACCGGCUCUUCGUGCUGGUGGACGGGCGCUGCUUCCAGCUGGCGGACGAGGCGCUGCCGCACCACAUCAAGGGCUACCUGCUGCGGAGCGAGCCCAAGCGCGACUUCCACUUCGUGUACCGGCCCCUGGAUGGCGGGGGCAGCGGGGACCCGCCCUGCCUCGUGGUGCGGGAGCCCAACUUCCUGUGAGGCCCGGGCCACCGCGGCCCCCUCGGUGGCAGUGUUUCCUGAGACUGGCGGGGCGGAGAAGCGGGCAGACUGGGGUCACGCUCGCUCACGCCCCAUGCUCACACUCAGCUGGACCUCCUCAUACAUGCAGGAGCCCACAUCUGACCACAUACACACACACACCCAACAUGGAGCCCGUCUGUCACACGUGCUUGCAACCCACUGAGCAUGCCGAGGCCAGCGCGGCAGGACAGCUGUGAAAAUGACAAGCAGGAGUGGCCAAGCAUGCUUCCUGAGGGAGAGUCAUAGCACUGGGAGGCCAGGUUACCUGUUAGAAAGGGAAACUGAGGUUCUGCCAGCUGCAGCAAAAAGAGCUCAAGACGGGGCCCUGUUCACACACAGGCCCUGCCUUCCCGCCCCGUCGUCCAAUCUGACUAUUCCCUCUGGGCCCCAGGGGGGCACUGGGGUAUAUUGGAGGCCCAGGAUCUUAAGAGUAUCUCUCAGGGUGUGUGCUGAAGAGACGGGCCCCGCUCCCUGCACCAGAGCCUGCCCUCGGCUACCAGCACCCACAGUCUCUCCCGCGGCUUCUGAGCGCCUCCAGAAGCAGCCAGACAUGCACCGGGACCCCAAACACGGGCAGCUCCUCUGCUCCAGGGACGAGCCCAGCCUCGGCCACACGGGAACACUGACAGGGCCCUUCCCCUGGCGGACACCAGGGCUGUGGCCAUUGUGGCAGGAGGCACUGUGUGGGGACAGUUUAAUAAAAGCCCUUUUGAAAA